AUGCUGGAGCCCAAGCUUCAAAACUGGAAGAAUGACAAGGAUUUGGAUCAGGGUCCUAGCAGUGAGCAACAGGGAAGGAAUGGAUUCAAUGAGUAUUUCAAAGGAUGGCUCAGGAGACCCGGAGAACCCAGGAGUUUCCAUGCCGUGCUGCCCCCCAAGCUCUGGAUCCACCUGGCCGUGGUGGCCUGUGGCAACCGGCUGGAGGAGACGCUGGUCAUGCUGAAGUCAGCCGUGCUCUUCAGCCACAGGAAGAUGCACUUCCACAUUUUCACAGAAGAAUCUCUGAAGCCCGAGUUUGAUAAGCAGUUACAGCAGUGGCCUGACUCGUAUACGGAGAAGUUUGUGCACAGAAUCUACCCCAUCACAUUUUCCGUGGGAAACCCCCAGGAGUGGAGGAAGCUGUUCAAACCCUGUGCUGCCCAGAGACUCUUCCUCCCGGUGAUUUUAAAGGAUGUGGACUCGCUCCUCUACGUGGACACUGACGUUCUCUUUCUGAGACCCGUCGACGACAUCUGGAAGCUCCUGCGGCAGUUUAACUCCACCCAGCUUGCAGCCAUGGCCCCUGAGCAUGAAAUACCCCAGACCGGCUGGUACAGCCGCUUUGCUCAGCACCCUUUUUAUGGCUCCGCGGGAGUUAAUUCGGGAGUCAUGCUAAUGAAUUUAACUCGUAUAAGAAGUGCCCAGUUCAAGAACAGCAUGAUUCCAACAGGGUUGGCUUGGGAGGACAUGCUGUACCCUCUAUACCAGAAGUACAAGAAUGCCAUCACGUGGGGAGACCAGGAUUUAUUAAAUAUUAUUUUUUACUUCAAUCCAGAGCGUCUCUAUGUGUUCCCCUGCCAUUGGAACUACCGUCCUGACCACUGCAUGUAUGGCAGCAACUGCAAAAGGGCGGAGCUCGAAGGGGUGUCUGUUCUGCAUGGGAACCGAGGCGUCUACCAUGAUGAUAAGCAGCCGACUUUCAAAGCCCUAUACGAAGCCAUACGGGAUUUUCCCUUUCAAGACAAUCUCUUUCAAUCCAUGUAUUACCCUCUUCAGUUGAAGUUUUUGGAAACUGUACACACUUUAUGUGGACGAAUCCCACAAGUGUUUCUGAAGCAAAUUGAGAAAACAAUGAAAAGGGCUUAUGAGAAGCAUGUCAUCAUGCAUGUUGGCCCCAACCAGAUGCGCUGAGUGUUUCAUCUUGUUGCAGUUAAUUAGGUAUCUCACCGAUGAGGAAGAGUCGUCUCUAAGCUGCCUGGGCCAUAUCUGUGUGAAUAUCUAAUGGUGCUCCCUGACAAUUGACUUUUAAAAGCUUUGUAAAAUGUUGCUAAAUUAGUUGCCCUAUAAAGAAAGUAGGCUUUUUUUUUUUUUUUUUUUGUAAAAUGCUAUUUAUCUCUCUUGUUAUUUUUUAAAAUAUGUUAUUACUCAUUUAACAUUGUUUAGGUUGAGCUAGCUGUGAAAAAGGAACUUUUGUUAGACUUUCAAUUCCUAUAUAUAUAUAAUUAUAUAUAGUUUUAUUGAUUUUGGAGAGAGGGAAAGACUGGAACUUCAAUAAUGAGAGUCAUUGAUUGGCUGCCACCUGCACAUCCUCUACUGGGGAUGGAGCCAUAACCUGGGCAUGUGCCCUAAUUGGGAAUCAAACCAGUGACCUCUUGGUUCAUGGGUCGACGCUCAACCAGUGAGCCUCCCCAGCUGGGCUGAGGUGAUAUAUUUAUCCUGGAUUCCUGCAACUGUUUCUAUGCAAUUGGCUCUUCUACAGCUUUGUAAUCGAAGUAAUACAUGCUUGUUGUAAAACAAAUUUUAAAAACUUGUAGAUAAUAUAGUUCAGUGAACCAAAAUCAAGAUUGGAUUAGCCAUAAUCCUACCAGUCAGUGAAAAAGAUUGCUAUUUUAAUGUAUUCCUUCCAACUUUUUCACCACAAUUUCUAUCUUUACUUGCUGGUUAUCUUUCCCAUUGUAUCACAUAUCUAAAACAGGUAGUCUGAGUAAAAGCUGGCCUGUAUAUUGAGCAUUUUAUGUAAGAAACUAAAAGUUGACAAAAUGAUUAUGUUUACAGAGCUAUAUUUAAAAUACAUCUGGGAGAAGCAUUUAGAUUUCAGCUAUCUGGGCAGUGUUAAAGAAUGAACCAUAUCUAGGGUUGCUUUUCUAAGAAAACUUACUUAAAUUGUGGAAGACUGAAUCAUAAGAAGUGCCUAUGCAACCACAGCUUUUGAGAGAAAAUUGACUAAUUGUGUUAAACCUGAGGAGUUUGUUUAGCAAAGAGUUAGAAUUUUGUGUUUUCCCACAGACAAGAACAUUUGAUCUGUUACAUCAUUAGUAGGUGUGGCCUCCUCUUUUCUUUAAAUUUUUGGGCAACUUUGAAUUUAAUCUGCACAACAUAAAUAAUGCAGCUGAUUCAUUGGUAAGGAAAUUUAACUUUCUACCAGCCUUAGAAAGGUCUCUAAUAUUUUUCCCCUCUAUAGGGUUACCCAGCUUUUAGUUAAGGAACCAGAUAGACCUUACUGCUUAGCUAUAGUAUGGCAAGUUCUAUAGUCUAUUCCCCAAGAAGAACUGACUUAAUCUCUAGUUACUCAUAUAGCUGGUUUCAGCAUACAGGUGUUGUGCAUAAUGCUUUAUUUAUCUCAGAAAACUUGCAUAAAUGAUCUCCUUGAUGUAUGCAACAGCCCUGUGAACAUAGUAGGCACCUGUAUUAUCUCUACUGGGCAAAUAAGUAAAUUUUAACAUCCUGUUUUACAAGAAAUACUCCGAAACAAAAAUAUUAACUGCUUUUCAUUAUAUAUAAACAACAAUCUGAAAGUAUAAAAUUAAAAAUAUUAUUUUGUUAAUAUAACAUGUUAUCUUAUAUGUGGGGAUCCAGUAGAACAUCAUAGGUUUUAUAAUUAGCAGAAAAAGUCUUAUCCUUAAAAAAAUAUGAAAAUCUCUGCACUGCAAAGAAAUAUAUAACUAUUGAUCAAUAUUGGUAUGGGGCACCAUUAUGGUAGUAACAAAUUUAAAUCCAAAUUGUUAGAGUAAUAGCUCAUAUUUUCUCUUUGAUCUAUUGGAUGGCUCAUGGUUUAUUAUUUCUGUUAAGGAAAUACCAUUAUGAUGUGAAACUUGUCUCUUUGUUGUUGUAUUUUGUUUUCUCAUUUUGCCACUAAAGGUGGCAUCAUUCAUUAUAGCUAAAGGGUAUGGGACAAUUUGGGGCUUGUCUUUGGAUGGGGAAAAUGCAUCCUAUACAUCCACAAAUAGGGUUUUAGUGGAAGAGCCCGGAUGUGAACUUGGUUUCCUGACUUCCAUUCUCAUUUUCUUUGUGUUUGUUCAGCAUGGCCAGUAAACCCACAAUGUCACUCAGAUUUGUUGGUGGAGCACAGAUCUAAAGAAGUCCCUUUCUUCCUUUGGCAAGUCCCACAAAAUAAUCUGCUAAAAAGACUCUGAAUAUAGCAAUGCCUUUUCUUUUAUGUGAACCAAGUUUACCCAGAACUCUCAGCUAUUGGUUCUGGCCUUAACAUUCAGAAUAGAAUUUCUAGCAAAGGUCAGUCAUAGAACUCCAAGAACAUUCUAGAAUGAUGCAUUAUUAAAAUGUAAAACCUUAGAA